GCGACACCUUUGAAGUCACUUUCGCUCGAAGCAUUCAACGACAGCGCCAUUCCUCAUCUCGCCGUCAAUCCAGACCAUAACCUAAUAACAUACCCCGAUCACGUCAACAUGCAGACCUUCCAGCAGUACCCUCCUCAGCAAGUCAAGGCCAUGACCGUUGCUGAGCUUAUCACGCCUGGCCAGGUUCGGCGUCCCGUCAGCGCCCCCGCUUCGCUCAACUCGAGCGCCUACCAAGGUUUCAGGGCGUCGGAUCACCCUAUGCUGACCGGCUACUUCGUCGCUCAUCGUCCUGCGGUUCUAAACCCUCCCAGCCAUACCAUCAACGUUACGGGCUGUACUCACCUCUACAAAUGCCAGAUGUAUGGCUUGGACCUCAUCCCGACCCAAUUCAGGAUCGACGGGUCGCGCGCUCUAGACCGUUUGACCGAAAUGAUCAUGGGACAGGACGAGACUAUGCGAGAACAUGUCGACAGGUUUUGUACCAUCUUCCACACGCACCUUGAGGCGCUGGCCCGUAUCCCGGUCCACAUCAUGGCGCACUUCUUUUUCCGGUCGUUGACCACUUACCACGACAACCUCCGUCAAGCCGGAGAGUACUAUCUAACCGUUAUCGACCCGGAAGGUGGCAUGGGCAGGCUCUUCGCCCAUCUCUACGACGUCGAAGACAGCCUCAAAGUGCUUAACGGUAUCAACAACAUCGAAAGGGUCCAGGGUCCCAUCGACGGCAGGUCUGGGUACGACGCCCGACGAGGCAUCACCGAUCCCGCUAGUUACAGGCAGAUCUCUGGUUCGAUCUCUCACCCUUCCUCGCCCGAGAGCGACGUACGAACCAGGAUCUCGGCUUGGAACUCUCCCAACGCUCGACAAGAAGUCGGCCCUUACGGCUCGAGGCGUCUGAGCGACAUCUCGAUGGAGUUUUCGUUGAACCAACCCGUCGCUUACUACACUCACCCUUACGAAUGCGACAUCAAGUUGCCUCCCAUCGUCAGCCCCGAGGUUGAGGAGGAGCUCAGCCCCGUCGAAAUGGACGCUGCUGCGAUCAUGAUGCAGCUCAGCAGGAAGUAACGUCAUCAUGUUACCGCCCUUCAGGAAUCAGGCUGGCAACGCCAACCGCGCCUAGGCGCACCCAGGAUCAUCGCUUGCAGGAAACACUUACACACUCGCUAAUACUUCAGGAACAUUGUUAACUUCGCUCGUCUUCAUUAGUUAGGCAUCGUUCUCCGCAUGUAUCGCAAAAAUAAUCUCGACCCUAGUCUGAAUCGAUUGCAAUGUCAUUGACCCGUGAA